AUGGGGCAGGAUGAAGCAGCAGUGUCUGGGAAAGACAUUCUCUAGCAUUUCUUGCUCAGUCAGAAAAUAACACAUUUUGUAAUAGUUUAGGGUAGAAAGGAAAUAAGCAGUAACCAUGACAAGAUGUCUGCUUAUUAGCUAGGUUUAUUUGUCAGCUAAUGAAUAAGUGUAGAUUCGAUAAGCCACCUCAUUCAGUGAGUGUUGUGUUGGACUUUGAACGAUUCAUUUUGUGCAUGGGCCCGUAGCCAACCCCGGUACAACUCAUGCAGCAUAUCUGAUAUCAUGGACUGUGCAACGUUGGGUCAAGAAUCUAGUGUCCAGCAGCCGACCUGUGACUCCGAGGAGGAUGCAGUGGAUGCAGGGAUGCACACCUUCAACCACACCCAUAUGAGAAAGGCUUUUCAGCUGAUGAAUGACUUAAGGAGUAAGAAAAUGCUGUGCGACGUUUUGUUGGUGGCGGGAAACAUAGAGGUGCCAGCUCACAAGUUGGUGCUAGCCUCCUGCAGCCCCUACUUCUGUGCCAUGUUCACAGGGGACAUGAGUGAGAGCAAAGCCCAGCAGGUGGAGAUCAGGGAUGUGGAUGGCCAGACACUUAGGAAGCUGGUGGACUAUAUCUAUACAGCUGAGAUUGAAGUAACAGAGAACAACGUUCAGGUACUCCUGCCUGCAGCCAGUCUCCUGCAGCUGAUGGGCGUGAGGCAGGUGUGCUGUGAGUUCCUGCAGAGCCAGCUGCACUCCACCAACUGUCUGGGCAUCCGAGCCUUUGCUGACCUCCACACAUGCACACAGCUCCUCAACCAGUCCCAUGCCUAUGCUGAGCAGCAUUUCUCAGAGGUGAUGCUGGGAGAGGAGUUCAUGGGCCUGUCUCUACAGCAGGUGUGCAGUCUAAUCUCCAGCGACAAACUCACCGUGUCCACAGAGGAGAAGGUGUUUGAGGCCAUGGUUGCAUGGAUAAAACACAACAAGGAAGCUCGUCUGGAGCACAUGCCAAAGCUGAUGGAGCACGUUCGUUUGCCACUACUGUCCAGAGAUUACCUGGUGCAGAUAGUGGAGGAGGAGGCCUUGAUCAAAAACAACAACAUCUGCAAGGACUUCCUGAUAGAGGCCAUGAAGUACCACCUCCUGCCCUCUGAUCAGCGCCACCUGAUCAAGACUGACCGUACACGCCCACGCACGCCUAUCAGCCUGCCCAAGGUGAUGAUAGUGGUGGGUGGUCAGGCUCCUAAAGCCAUCCGCAGUGUGGAGUGCUAUGACUUCAAGGAGGACCGCUGGUACCAGGUUGCUGACCUGCCAUCCAGACGCUGUCGAGCAGGUGUGGUGUUCAUGGCAGGGAGGGUGUACGCGGUGGGAGGAUUCAACGGCUCGUUGCGAGUCAGGACGGUGGAUGUGUAUGACGGGGUGAGGGACCAGUGGACUACAGUUCCCAGCAUGCAAGAGCGACGCAGCACCCUUGGAUCGGCCGUGCUGGGGGACCUGCUCUAUGCCGUGGGGGGCUUCGACGGGAGCACAGGCCUGUCGUCAGUGGAGGUCUACAACUACAAGACCAAUGAGUGGAUGUUUGUUGCUCCCAUGAACACGAGACGCAGCAGCGUCGGAGUGGGAGUGGUAGAUGGGAAGCUGUAUGCGGUGGGCGGCUACGAUGGGGCGUCGCGCCAGUGUCUCAGCACGGUGGAGGAGUACAACCCAGUCAGUAACCAGUGGGGCUACAUGGCUGACAUGAGCACCAGACGUAGCGGAGCAGGUGUUGGGGUGCUGAGCGGGCAGCUGUAUGCGGCGGGGGGCCACGACGGGCCCCUGGUGAGGAAGAGUGUGGAGGUGUACGAUCCCCCUAGUAACACCUGGAAACAAGUGUGCGACAUGAACAUGUGUCGGAGGAACGCCGGAGUGUGUGCCAUAAACGGACUGCUGUAUGUGAUCGGAGGAGACGACGGCUCGUGUAACCUCUCCUCAGUGGAGUAUUACAACCCUGCCACAGACAAGUGGAGUCUCAUCCCCACCAACAUGAGCAACGGCCGAAGCUAUGCAGGUGUAUCCGUCAUAGACAAGCCUUUAUGACUAUCAGCCCCCGACUGCAGGACCCCACAGCCACACGCAGCAGCCAAAGGGAGCCACUCUGAUGCACACACAGAUGUCUGAUUUCACAGUCAACUCCUUGAAGCAACACUAGCUUGACAGGUGGCUCUGAGCAUGGGUCUGGGCUGCCAUAGAGAGAGAGGAGGAGAGGGAGAAAGAGAGUGGGGGGAACAUUGGCUUCCAUGGUCAAAGUGACCCCAAGACUCAACAAUGCUGCCUGAAGCAGAGUGUCUUAAGUCUGGCUGCCAAUGUGUUGGGCCAAGCAGGGCUGGAGGGAGACUGUUGUCCUACAGACUCAUAGGGGGCCAUUUAGCUAUAUUAGUAUUAGGAGGGCCACACUCUCCUCAUACUCAUUUACAACUGAACAGAGAGGGAGAAUAAACUGGCUUUUUUUAAAGGGAUAGACUAAAUGAGCUAUGACCAAGAAGAAGGUUGUUGAUUGGCCUAGGAAACUACACUGUGGCCAACAGAGGCCUCUCAAACCAACCAUGGGCUCUUGCUAUGCCAUGUCGUGUUACUGCUGUAGAAAUGCACGGGUGAUCAUCAGGUCAGUCAGUCUGUCUGUUCUCUACUGGAGAGCCAUGGGUGGACUGCAGACUCCAAGGUGAUGCCCACAGGCUCUCUCACUGUCUGCAGCCUGAGGUGGGUCCUCUCUUUUAAAUACCACCUGAGAUAAUUGUCGGAGGAACUCAAGGCAGACUGGAGGACCAACCUGGACCAGCAUUCACCGGGAGCCACAUGCCUCAAUUGCAUACAAUUUCCAAUUUGGAAUCGAUCAUGUUUUUUUUCACUCAUAUUAGAAUUGGGCACUAUGGGGGACCAUGUUAAUGUGGUGUUUUAAAUGCACUGUAGAUACAUAUUUGCAAAGUGAUAACCAAUAUGCUGUCAGUCUUGACUUGGCUUACUUGAUGUGCCAUAAUGCUCUCUCAUACUGUAUUUGAGUGUUUGUUUGCAAACCUUUGUAUCUGAAGGAUAUGUGCCAAAUUGAUGCAAAAACAUUAGACAAUGGACAUCAUGUCAAAGAAUGAAUGCAUUAGCACUUUGUUUUGUUUUGUAUAAAGCUAAUUUCCUGUAACAUAACCAAAAGACUACUUUACAACUUCUGCAUCAGGCACGGUAAUUAUCGUUAACCUUAUUCCAAGCUCAACACAUCUUUUACCAGGGUUGGGUUCAAUUUCAUUUCAGCUCUCAUUAAUUCAGGAAGUGAAUUUAAAAUUUAAAAUUAGAAUAAACUAAGGCACUUCUCAAUGAAUCUCUUGACUUGAAAUGGAAUUGACCCCUACUGUCUUGUUCUACUCCUUGCCUAUACUGUCAUUUUGUUCAGAGAUUCUUGUAUUUAUGAUAGAAUCAUUUCAAUUUACUGCACAAUCCAUGGGUUUACUAUGGUUGUACUUAGCCACCCCAGAGCGAUGUUGAAAUAUGCAGGAAAUAGGCAACUUGUAUAUUAUAUCAAGAUCGGUGAAAUAUUUUCUAAAGUUUAUUUUAUUGUCAAUAUUAAAUUAAAGUAAAUAUCAUUUUUAAUGAGCA